AUUCCAACAUGGCGGCUCUCAGGUCUGUGUCAUGCGGACAGUAGCGAAGCUGCCAAUUAGGUAAAAAGUCGAGUUUUUCAUUAAUUAAAGUUCGAUUAAGAGUUAGAUUUUUAGGUCAUGGGUCUGUCUUAGCUUGUAAAGACACCUUUUAGGUGAGGAGUACGCCAUGUUAGCAUCAACGGCUGUCACGGCCGCCUCCAGAGGGAAGGUCAGGUCGCUGGUGUCUCUGAGCAGGAGGCUGUCCACCAGCCAGCCAGCGAGCCCGAAUGGAGACCCGGAAAACCCCGCUCUCCUCCUGGACAUUGCCCAGCCCGAGGAGGGAAGGCAGUUGAGACCCAGAAAGGACCCCAGCAACCGCUCCGUGCUCCUGUUCCCCGGCCAGGGAAGCCAGUUUGUGGGCAUGGGCAGAGGACUGCUCAAGUACCCCAACGUUAAAGAGAUGUUCACGGCGGCUCGGAAGAUCCUCGGGUACGACCUGCUGUCUCUGUGCCUGGAGGGACCCGAGCGGGAGCUCAUGAAGACGGUGCACUGUCAGCCGGCGGUGUUCGUCACCUCGCUGGCUGCGGUGGAGAGGCUCAACCACGAGAACCCCAAGGCCAUUGAGAUGUGUGUUGCUGCUGCAGGUUUUAGCGUUGGAGAAUUUGCUGCCCUAGUUUUCUCUGGUUCCAUGAACUUUGCAGAUGCUCUGUAUGCCGUGAAGGUUCGUGCAGAGGCCAUGCAGAAAGCAUCAGAGCUCGUUCCUAGUGGGAUGCUGUCAAUCAUCGGUAAACCACAGGCACAGUAUAAAUAUGCCUGUGUGCAGGCUAAAGAGCACUGCAAGAAGCUCGGGAUUGAGGAGCCGGUCUGCUCCGUGGCCAAUUAUCUGUUUCCCGAUGGCCGUGUCAUCGCAGGGCACCAACAGGCCCUGGAUUUCCUCCAGCAAAACGCGAGACAGCUCCACUUCGGGAGGACCAAACUUCUCCCAGUCAGCGGUGCUUUCCACACUGAGCUGAUGGCGUCAGCUGCUGAACCCCUGAGAGAGGUGCUCAGACAGGUGGAGGUCCGUGCCCCUGAGAUCAGAGUGCACUCCAACGUGGACGGCAAACGCUACAUGAACGAGAAACACGUGCGCCGGCAGCUGGUAAAGCAGCUGGUGUCGCCUGUGAAGUGGGAGCAAACUCUGCACGAGAUCUACGAGAGGUUGCAGGGAGAGCAGUUCCCUCAGACCUUCGAGAUGGGCCCCGGGAAGCAGCUCGGAGCCACUCUGCAUAAGUGCAACAGGAAGGCCUUUACAAAUUAUGCACAUGUGCAGGUCACCGCUCAUGAAGACCAAUAAUGCUGAGAUGUGAACUUGGUGAUCAAGUUGGAAAAAAAAAAAGGGCCUCAUUUGAGUGUGGACAUGACCAGCAAGACCUGUGAGCUCCUGUGGUUGCUUCUUAUGGUCUUAUUUGUGUAUGACUAUGUAAUCAAAUAAAUGUAGGUUGUUUUGUUUUUUUUAAAUUAAUGAGACUACA